UAAGAAUUAUUAAUUAAAAAUGAUUCGGAGGAUGAAUUGCCUAAUGCGACUGCACGGAAUCUACCCAAACGCGCUCUGUCAAAGGCACGCGCCUGCCAAUAACAGGAAUUACGCAAAUCAAACUGGAACGCCGGAUGACGAAAGGGCUGCCGGUGGCAAUCAACAAAACAGUAAAAACCGGACUGGAGGUGGUGGCUCUAAAAGCUUGCCCGUCGUGCGUAAUCCCUUUACAGCAGCACAAGAGAAGACUAAGGGUAGUUACCUUACAAUGGUCGAAAUCUUUGCCGGUCGCGAUGUGCACAGGCGCAAUCAUGUAGAAUUUAUAUACGCUGCGCUUAAACACAUGGCUGAGUUUGGAGUCGAGAACGAUCUGGAAGUGUACAAGGCAUUGAUCAAUGUGAUGCCAAAAGGAAAAUUCAUACCCACGAAUUUGUUUCAAUCUGAAUUCAUGCAUUAUCCUAAACAGCAGCAGUGCAUCAUUGAUCUGCUUGAGCAGAUGGAAGAUAACGGUGUUAUGCCGGAUUAUGAAAUGGAGGCCAUGCUGCUGAAUGUUUUUGGUAAAAAGGGUCAUCCGCUACGCAAGUACUGGCGCAUGAUGUAUUGGAUGCCCAAGUUUAAGAAUCUAUCGCCAUGGCCCUUGCCCGAUCAUGUGCCUGAUGAUACACUCGAGAUUGCCAAGUUGGCGGUGAAGCGUAUGUGCACAGUAGAUUUGCGCUCUCAAGUUAGCGUGUACGAGACUAAAAACGUGAAGGAUGCGGUGGACGACACGUGGAUUGUCAGUGGCAUGAGCGCCGAGCAAUCCAAGUUACUGCGGGAGCAUUCCCAAAAAAAGGCGCUGUACAUAGAGGGACCAUUUCUCAUAUGGAUACGCAAUCGACGCAUAAAUUAUUUUACACUGCGCGCAGAUCCCGAUCUCGAAUUGCUUGCCAGUUUAGACGAGCAGGAACGGCAAAUUGAUCAGGAUGAUGUGACUAACAUUGAAGUGCCAUUUUUCGGUCGACCACCGCCAAGACGACAUAAUCAGUUGGGGAAGGUGCGCUCGGUGCACCAACAGGAGGACGGAACUAUCUUUGCAAUAUGUGCCACGGGUACUUCCACAAAAGAUUCGCUGUUGUCCUGGAUACGAUUGCUGGAAGCCAAUGGGAAUGCGGCGUUGGGUGGAAUUCCCGUACUCUUUAGAUUUACGUCAACAGUGCCCGCAAAGGCAGUGGAAAUUGAGGGCGCCAGCGAAGUUCCCGUACCCAGUGAUAGUAGAAGUAAGCAGAACGUAAGGAAAAGUAAAAUCGUUAAGUUCAAUUUAAUUUAAAAUAUAAGGACGUGUGAUCUGGAGAGCUUAAUCAAAAAUCACAGAA